GGGCGGGGCCGGCGCCUCAGUGUCUCCCGGGAGGGUCUUGACCAGCCGCCGAGCAGAAAGGACUGUAAGACGCCGCCGCCAUGUUCCCGGAGCCCUCAACCCCGGGGCCUCCAGCGCCUGACACGCCUCCUGACUCGAGUCGCAUCAGCCGCGGCCCUGUGCCCCCCUGGGCCCUGGCCACAAUCGUGCUGGUCUCAGGCCUCCUCGUCUUCAGCUGCUGUUUCUGUCUCUACCGGAAGCGCUGUCGGAGGCGGACGGGCAAGAAGAGCCAGGCCCAGGCCCAGGUCCACCUGCAGGAAGUGAAGGAGCUGGGCCGCAGCUACAUAGACAAGGUGCAGCCAGAAGUGGAGGAGCUGGAGCCGGCACCAUCUGGGCAAGGGCAGCAGGUGGCAGAGAAGCAUGAGCUAGGACGAUUGCAGUACUCACUGGAUUAUGAUUUCCAGAGUGGCCAGCUGCUGGUGGGCAUCCUGCAAGCUGAGGGGCUGGCAGCCUUGGACCUGGGUGGCUCCUCUGACCCCUACGUGCGGGUCUACCUGCUGCCAGACAAGCGGAGGCGGCAUGAGACCAAGGUGCAUCGGCAGACGCUGAACCCACACUUUGGGGAGACCUUUGCCUUCAAGGUCCCCUAUGUAGACCUCGGGGGCAGGGUACUGGUCAUGGCGGUGUAUGACUUCGACCGCUUCUCCCGCAACGAUGCCAUCGGGGAGGUGCGGGUCCCCAUGAGCUCCGUGGACUUGGGGCGGCCAGUCCUGGCCUGGCGGGAGCUGCAGGCGGCUCCGCGGGAGGAGCAGGAAAAACUAGGGGACAUCUGCUUCUCCCUGCGCUAUGUCCCCACGGCUGGGAAGCUCACCGUCAUCGUCCUGGAAGCUAAAAACCUGAAGAAGAUGGACGUAGGAGGGCUGUCCGAUCCGUAUGUCAAGGUCCACCUGCUGCAGGGCGGGAAAAAGGUGAGGAAGAAGAAAACGACCAUCAAGAAGAACACUCUGAACCCCUAUUACAACGAGGCCUUUAGCUUCGAGGUGCCCUGUGACCAGGUCCAGAAGGUCCAGGUGGAGCUGACCGUGCUGGACUACGACAAGCUGGGCAAGAACGAGGCCAUCGGGAGGGUGGCCGUGGGCGCAGCGGCCGGCGGGGCCGGCCUGCGGCACUGGGCAGACAUGCUGGCCAACCCCCGGCGGCCCAUUGCCCAGUGGCACUCGCUGCGGCCCCCUGACCGAGUGAGGCCGCCGCCUGCGCCUUGAUCCCCGCCCUCGAGCCCCUGACCCCGUGGCCAAAGCCACGCCCAGGCCCACCUUUAAACCUUCUCUGACCACUCACCCCCACCCCCCACUCCUCUGCCCCAACCACCUGACCCAUUCCUGCCUCCCCUCCCCCCAUUAUGCCAAUCACGAUAACUUGCCAACUUUCCCACCACGCACAUACCCAGAAACCCCAGGGGCCCCUGGGGGAGGGGAGGAGUCUGGCCUCCCCGCCCAGGGUCCAGCCUCUGCUUUGACAAUCAGUGAUCCCAGCCUACUAUGCCCUUCACCCCCAACGCCCCUCUUCCCGCCCAGGAUCUCCCACUCCUGUCCCCAGUCUGCUUCCUGCAUCGCUCCUGGGACCAAAUAAAUCCUC